GAUCCGAAAUCAUUGCCCGUAACUACGUAUUUCUGAGGAGCAUCUUUCUGAUUGUUUCUCACUGAUCCCGCUUCAUAGAAUGUGCUUCUGCGAUUAAGGUCAUCAGACAGUGUGCUUCUAAGCUUAGUGAUAAGUCAGGGUGAACCGCCGAGAUGAUUCGAUCCUUCUGUACGGCAAGGAACGCACACGCUGCCGUCAGGAAAACCCGCACGGCUGGCAGGAGAAAAGGACAAACAAAGGCCAGUGUUCCUGGUAUAGCUGCCCAGCCCCCACCCCAGUCCCAGAUGGCUCAUGACUGGAUCGGCCCAGCAGACCCCAGCUCCAACCUCAGACCCAUCAAGUUCAGGGUUCCCACGGGAGAGUCAGCGGCAGAGGAGAGACUCAGACAGCUCAGGGCAGACACACAGAAGUGGAACCAGGAAUUCUGGUCCAACCACAACCAGCAGUUUAAUAAGGAGAAGGCAGACUUUAUCAGGAGCUGGUUGGAAAAGGAGGAUUUCAAGUCAGUUCACACUGAUGGAAGUAAGAGAAUGCCUCCAGCUGAGGACAUGUCUGAGUUUUACAGGACAUUUCUGACUGAGCAUCAGCAUGGCCAGCUGCAGUAUCAGCGGGAGUGGUAUAAGAGGAAUCUCUACAUCAUCUAUCUAUCGUUUAGAGUGAAGAUGUUUCAGCUGGUGUCAAAGGUGUUAAUGAGAAGAUAGCAAAAUCCCUAUAAGUGGUGCAUACAAAUUAGUAAAGACUGAAAGACUUCCUUAUUUAGGUUACCUAUUGAACUUAAUGAUACGCUAUUUGUUGAUAGAAUAUUUAUUUA